AUGAGCCUGCCCUGGGCCGAGCGCGCCCGGGAGCCGCCGGGACACCCGGAUCCGCCGCCGGGCCCGGAGCAGAGCGGCUGCGGCGGCUUCGCGCCCGGCUCGUGGCUCGGCGUGUGCUGCGCCGCCCGCCUGCCCGCCGCCUCCUCGCCGCGCUACCUGCUGCCCGGCGAGGACGAGGAGGCGGCGGCGGCGGAGGGCGGCGCGGCGCGGGGCGGCGGGAGCAGCCCCGGCGGGGCGCGGGGCGGCGGGCGGCCGCGGGGCGGCGGCGGCGGCCCCGGGCUGCGGGCGCAGGUGAGCGGCGUGCAGAAGCAGCGGCGGCUGGCGGCCAACGCGCGGGAGCGGCGGCGGAUGCACGGGCUGAACCACGCCUUCGACCAGCUGCGCAAUGUCAUCCCCUCCUUCAACAACGACAAGAAGCUCUCCAAGUACGAGACGCUGCAGAUGGCGCAGAUCUACAUCAGUGCCCUGGCCGAGCUGCUGCACGGCCCCGCCGCCCCUCCCGACGCCCCCGGCAAGGCCGAGCACCGCGGGGCCCCCUUCGAGCCGCCCUGCGCCGCCGCCGGGGCCGGAGCUCCGCCGGGGCCGCCGGCGCCGCCGCCGGGGCCGCCCAGAGCGUCGCCCCCCGGGCACGGCAGGACUCGCUUCCCCCCGCCGCCGGCCGCGGGGGGCUACUCGGUGCAGCUCGACCCGCUGCACUUCUCCUCCUUUGCGGAGGGCGCCCUAAUGGGACAGAGAGCCCCUUCCCCCGCCCUCCUCAUGCCGCAGCCCGGGCAGCCGCCGCAGGAGCGCAGCAAGACGUCGCCCCGGUCCCACAGGAGCGACGGGGAGUUCUCGCCCCGCUCCCACUACAGCGAUUCGGAUGAGGCCAGCUAA